AUGUGGAUGCCAAAAAACACUACGGAAAGGAGGGAAGGAUUAAGUGGUUUGGUGGCAGUAGCAAUAGACAAGGACAAAGGCAGCCAAAAUGCUCUGAAAUGGGCCAUAGAUCAUCUUUUGCAGAGAGGCCAGACAGUCAUUCUCAUCCAUGUCAACCUCAAAUCACCAUCCCUUUCUGCCUCGCCUUCUCUUGGGCUGAACCAAGUUGUGGAUGCUAAUGGCGAGAGCACAUUGGUAUGCAAAGAUCCUGACAACCAGACCAAGGAAUUGUUCCUUCCCUUUCGUUGUUUCUGUACACGUAAAGAUAUUCAAUGCAAGGAUGUUGUACUGGAAGAUUUAGAUGUAGCAAAAGGUUUAAUUGAAUAUGUUAGCCAAACAGCAAUCGAGGCUUUAGUAGUUGGUGCCUCAUCAAAAACAGGUUUCCUCAGAUUCAAGACCACGGAUAUUCCCGGCAGCGUAUCAAAAGGUGCUCCGGAUUUUUGUUCUGUAUAUGUAAUAUCCAAAGGGAAGAUCUCAUCCAUGAGAUCUGCAUCCAGGCCUGCCCCAACCAUCUCCCCACUGCGAAACCAACUUCUCAGCACGAAACCACCUCCUCUGCUGGAGACGACUCCUCUCCAAGCUACUACCACGAGAUCCGUCGAAAGGCCACCACUUGAUCCUCCACGUAAAUCAAACGACGAGACAGAAUUCUUCAGGUCACCAUUUACAAGGAAAGGACUCAAUGGAAAAUCUUACGGGGAGCUCUCUAUGCCAGAUACUGACAUAUCAUUUGUUAGCUCCGGAAGGGCAAGCAUUGAUCGCAUGUUCCCAGCGUUUUACGACAACACGGAAACAGUUCGAAUGGCAAGGUUGUCAAACAUCUCAGAUAUAGAGAGCAACCACAGCUUUGAGUCAAUGCACUAUGGACGAAAAUCAUUGGAUGCGAACUCUCCAACUGAAUUCUCAUCAAUCUCACAGGAAAACGAGAGAUCAUCUUCUGCAUCUCAGGGAAUGGAUGAUGUGGAAGCUGAGAUGAGGAGGCUAAAGUUGGAACUCAAACAAACAAUGGAAAUGUAUAGUACAGCUUGCAAAGAAGCACUGACUGCAAAACAAAAGGCAAGAGAGCUCCAUAUUUGGAAAUUGGAAGAAGAGAGAAGGCUGGAAGAGGCAAGACUGGCUGAGGAAGCUGCAUUGGCAAUUGCAGAAAAGGAGAAAGCAAAGUCCAAGGCAGCAAUUGAGGCUGCUGAAGCGGCUCAACGGAUUGCAGAACUGGAAGCGCAGAAAAGAAUAACUGCAGAAAUGAAAGCACUGAAAGAAGCAGAAGACAAGCGAAAGGCAUUUGAUGCUUUGACGCAGUCUGAUGUAAGGUACAGGAAAUACGCAAUCGAAGAAAUAGAAGCUGCAACAGAAUUCUUCACGGAGUCACGUAAGAUCGGUGAAGGAGGCUAUGGACCAGUAUAUAAGGGUCAUCUAGACCACACACCUGUUGCAAUUAAGGUUUUACGACCUGAUGCAGCACAAGGAAGAUCACAAUUUCAACAAGAGGUUGAGGUGCUCAGCUGCAUACGACAUCCUAAUAUGGUGCUUCUCCUGGGAGCCUGUCCAGAGUAUGGAUGCCUAGUAUAUGAGUUUAUGGCAAAUGGAAGCUUGGAAGACUGUCUAUUUCGAAGAGGAAACACCCCAGCUCUGUCUUGGCAGCUUAGGUUCCGAAUUGCGGCUGAAAUUGGCACUGGCUUGCUGUUUCUCCAUCAGACUAAACCAGAACCACUUGUUCACCGUGACCUAAAGCCCGCAAACAUCUUACUUGACCGAAACUAUGUCAGCAAAAUAAGUGACGUUGGUUUGGCUAGGCUAGUUCCUCCAUCUGUUGCUGAUUGUGUGACACAAUAUCGGAUGACAUCCACAGCAGGCACUUUCUGUUACAUAGAUCCAGAAUACCAGCAAACAGGAAUGCUUGGAAUAAAGUCUGAUGUAUACUCCCUUGGAAUCAUCUUUCUUCAGCUGCUAACUGGCAAACCACCUAUGGGCUUGACUCACCAUGUCGGACGGGCUAUUGAAAAGGGGACUUUUGCUCAAAUGUUGGAUCCCGCCGUGCCUGAUUGGCCAGUGGAAGAGGCCUUAUCUUUUGCCAAACUAUCACUCAGCUGUUCAGAGUUAAGGCGGAAAGACAGACCUGAUCUUGGAAAAGUAGUUUUACCAGAACUCAAUAGACUGAGAACACUUGCUGAAGACACAAUGCCAUCGAUGUCAUUCGUAGGAAGUGCAGCCCCUUCACCCAACCACAGCCAAGUCUCAUUGCAGCUUGACCUUAGGAGCUCGCCUCAAUCUGCACAAUCUGACGAGUAAUAAUGACAGAAGUUUUGUCUAAGAGGAAGACAAGGUGCUCAUACCAGUUUACCUGGAGGUGGUGCUCAUUCUUAGGAAUAAGACGUAACUUUUGACACAACUAAAGCCUACAUAGUGCCAUUUCAUGUUUUUGUUGUGAACACGAAGUCCUUGUCAAGGCUAAAUUUUUGUGGGAAGAUUGCUGCAAUAUCUCCUUAGUUCUUGUUGCUACACAACCG